AUGGUUCUUGCCGAGGAUUUCUACUCAUACAAUGGAAGCAUCGUAAUCUCCUUGUGUGGAAUCCAACAACAGGUGUUGCCAAACCGAUAUCCUACGUACUCACAUGUUACGUGGAUGUAUGAUUUUCUUUACGGAUUUUGGUAUGACACGUCAGCGGAUGACUAUCUAGUUAUUCUUAUUGCAAUGUACAGAUACGGCUCCACUGAUUGUAAAACCCAUAUUGAGAUUUUCUCCUUCAAAACCAAUUCAUGGAACCAAAUUCAGGGUUUCAAAUUCCCAUAUUGGACGACCAAGUUUGACCAAGCUGGGCUGCUUUUAAAUGGAGCUCUUCAUUGGUUGGUUUUCUCCCGUGAUACAGAGGAUCAUGUCAUCAUUGCCUUUGAUUUGAAACAAAUGAGUUUACUAGAGAUUCCUAUACCUCUUGAUGAUAUAGACAUGGAGUUAAAAUCAAUAUCAAGACAAUAUUACUUGAGGGUAUUGGGCGAUUGUCUUUGUCUGUGUUACCCUGGUCAGUAUAUUUGGGAUGUCGCUGCUGAGAUAUGGAUCAUGAAAUACUACAAAGUGCAGUCAUCUUGGACUAAGUCAUUUGUUCUGCCUGUGAAUUAUGACAUUCAAUAUGCUCCACCAAAUAUGAAGGAUGCAUCGGAUCAAAUCAAGGAUUACUGA